AUGGCGUCCUUUGAAAACAGAGAGACAGAGUCCCACAAACAAUCCCAGACCUUCUCAUCCUCGCCCCUGAGACUCCCAGGCAAGAGUCUGACCGGCAAGACCCAAAACUUCGUUGUUCAGACAAAAAGAACGGAGACUAUCUUACUCCAGAUUGCCUUCUCCUUUGGGCUGGGCAGCAUGUGGCGUUUCCCUUACCUUUGUCAUCGGAAUGGAGGAGGUGACUUUAUCCUGUUAUACUUCCUCCUGCUCUUCUUGUUCGGGAUUCCCCUCUUGUACAUGGAGAUGGUCAUGGGACAAUGGCUGCGCGUAGACAGCAUCCGGAUCUGGAAACAUCUCGUCCCCCUGCUGGGAGGCCUAGGCUACGUUAGCAUGCUGGUGUGCAUCAUAGUGAGCAUGUAUAACAGCGUCAUCAUCAGCUGGAGCUUCUACUACCUGGGCAACUCCUUCUACCACCCUCUGCCCUGGACCCAGUGCCCAGUGUUGAACAACGUCACCGGCCUCUCCUGCGUUCGGACUGUGCCCUACCAGUACUUCUGGUACGAAACCACCCUGAAUGCCCCCGUCAACAUUGAGGAAGGGAGCGAGCACCUCGUCCUGAAUCUCACCGUGGGGACCCUAGGAACUUGGUUACUCCUCUUCAUUAUCAUAAUCACAGGGCUAAAGCUCUCCAUGCCGCUCCUGAUUAUCACGAUAUUCAUCCCCUACAUCCUCUUACUCGGCCUCCUGGUCCGAUGCUUCUUCCUGGAAGGUGCAGCCACCGGCCUCAAACGUAUGGUGACGAUCGAGCGCUCUUCCUGGACCUCGCUGGACCUGUGGCAUCAGGCGGGGGGCCACGUCCUCUAUUCACUGGGCCUGGGCCUGGGCACCACCAUCAACAUCUGCUCCUACAAGGCUGGAAGCAACAACUGUAUCCUGGUGGUCUUGGUGGCUAUGGCCAACCUGGUGACCUCCUUGGUGGCCACGGCAAUCAUCUUCACGGUGCUGGGGCUGUGGAUCACCACCAGUGGCCAGGCCUGUGUGGAGAAGAGUGUCCUAUUGGUGAAAGGCAUGGUAAAAACGGGGGUGCUGCCGAAGAAUGUCAACCCGCCCCCAGACAUCCUGCUCCUGCCCCCCCUGGACUACCUGAAGUGGAUAGACAGCCUCCCGGAACACCUCAAGUACAAGGUCAUGCAGGCCUCCUCAUCCUGCAGCAUCGAGAUGCUGAGCAAAAAGUUCAUGCAGGGCCCUGGCCUGGCAUUCCCAGCCUUCUCCCAAGCCAUCUCCACGCUGCCCGGUGCCCCUUUCUGGGCCUUUCUCUUCUUCCUGGUCCUGCUCCUGAUGCAGCUGACCACCUUGGUAAAAAUCGUGGAGAGCAUUGUCUAUCCCAUCCACAACGCCUUGUCCACCAUCAGCAAGCAGCCCACGCUGCUCCCAGUGGUCAUCUGCCUGGGAGGCUUUCUGGGCAGCAUCGUCUUCACCAGCCGGUCCGGCAGCUACAUCAUGUCUCUGUUGGAUGAAACCCUGGUCCCGCUGACCCUCUUCAUCAUCGCGGUCUUCCAGAACGGGACCCUGGCCUGGGUGUACGGAGCUUACAGGUUCAGGGAGGAAAUGUACAGUGAGCUGGGCCGCUUGCUGUGGUCCGCCUGCCCCUUCCUGUGGUGCUACGUGACCAUGCCCGGGCUGCUGGCCUUCCUCUCCGUCUGCCUCGUCCAUCUCUACCGGAAGGUGCCCCCCCACUACAUCGCCUGGAACAGCAGCAUGAGUCAGGAAGUAGAACAGCCCUACCUGCAAAGCUCCCUGGGCUGGAUCACCUUCCUCAGCGUCGUCGUCCUCCUGCCAAUCCCAAUCUACCCACUGCAGCGGUGGUGGUACCUCCAGGACCACGUUGCCAGCGACCCCUUUGCAAAGUUCCUGUCCAAGAAGAGCAUGGUGCCCACCAAGCCCUCCGACUGGCCCAAGUACCACUUGGCCAAGCCCAGCUUCCAGGAGAGCUCGCUGGUCAGGUCCAGCAUGCCCAGGGAGUCGAACCCAGACCCCGAGUGGCCGCCGGAAGACGUGACCUGGAGUCAGCGCACUGAGAGCUACUCGGGGUUCAGCCUGCCUUUCGUCUCCUCCCUGCCAUCAGCCGUCUCCAUAAGCCCACCCACUUCCAAGCAGGGGAGCGUGCCCUCGACGGGCGUCAACAGCGAGAGACGCAAGACCAGGGGGGAAAGUUUGCACACGAAGUUUGCUCAGUAA